UCGCUCGACCAUGCCUCAGUGCACUUUAAUUGGCGGAAGUAUCGACCGAAUGCCGGUGUGCAGGAAUAGAUAUAAUCAAUGGCCAUGUCCGGCCUCAGAAGCAUGUCCGUGCAGGUGAGGGAAAGCUACAAGUCAAAGAGCUACCGUCCGCGGACGAAAGCGAGGACUUGCGAGCGUAGGACAGUUCAGUCGUUGAAUGUUCCGUCUAUGAAAGUGGAAUACCAAUAUGGGACGAGUUUGGUUGGAACGAGCAGUGAGGAGUUCAAGUCAGCACGGGAAAAGGAGAAGAGUGAAAUGCGUGACCUGAAUGCGAGACUGGCUCACUACAUCGAGGUGUCUCGGUACAACGACGCACUGAACAAGAACUUGGUGGAGGAAAUGGAGAAUUUGAAGGCGACAGGGAGGAGGGGGAGUGACUCGAUGAAGAACAUGUACGAGACGGAGCUGGAACAACUGCGGAGACUGUUGGACGAGGGAGAACGAGAGAAGGCCGAACUGAGGAGGCAGAUGGAGGAGAAGGAGCAUCAAGUGGAGGAUUUACAGGCGGAGUAUGUGGUGAUUGAGAAUGUGAAGGAAUCGAGAACUGGAGGACAUAAUGCCCGACUCAACAGACACAACCAGGAUCUACAACGAGAACUACACAACCUCCAAAGAGAAUACGACAAGUUGUUGGUCGAGAAGGACAACGAGAUGAACCAACUCCGCACACUCCUCGAAAACACCCUCACUGACCUACAGUCCAUCACCGACCGAAACAUGUCUCUCCAACUCGAGAUCAUGGCCUACCGAAAACUACUCGAAAAUGAAGAAAACAGGUCAUUCCCCCCCUCACUCCAGAAUUGGCAUCGCCGACGACUCCCACUACUCAUUCCCCAAAAGUGAAGAUAACUUGCCUUCCCCUCAGUCCAGAAGUGGCAUCGACUCCCUCCACUACUCAUUCCCCAAAAGUGACCCCACACAAAAGACCACCUACCAGAGGAGUGCCAAGGGACCCAUCACCAUCACCCGAGUCGACGUCGAUGGACUGUUCCUUGAAAUAGAGAACACAAAUGUCUCACAAGUACACUCCCCCUAACACUCGCAGGAACAAAACCUCCGUGACUGGCGAAUAAUCCAGAAUGCCGAUGGGAGUAUAUUCGAAUACACUUUCCCUCAAUACAGUCUCCCACCAGCCUCCACUCUCAGAAUAUGUCCAGAGGGGUCUUCCGAGGAGACUGACCUUGUCUGGACUGGCAGGGAUUUGCUGAGUACUGGCACUGUGGUCACCACCAGUUUGCUCGAUGCAGAGGGCGAUGUAUUCCUCAUAUGUAUUUCUAGGAAAUGGCCACUUUUACUCAAAAAACAGUUUUUACUGUCUAAACUAAUAUACUAAUUAAUUAAUAUGUUUGGACUUA